AACCUUUUCUCAGUGUAAUAAUCUAUUGUGCUAUCAACAUCUAAUCUGCACAUAUUAAUAUAUGUAUCAAAUAGAAAAGUAAUUCCAAGAUAAUAAUUUAUUAGUAAACAUGUUUUUCCUUAAUUCCUUCAGAAUAAGUCGUGUUUUUAUCGAGAUUUAAAGAUGUUGAAGAUUAUUCUAGUUAUUACUGUCAUUUAUUUCACUUUUCAAACAAAUGCUUCAAGAAUUCUUGUUGUUAUACCAACUCCAUCGUACAGUCACCAAUCUGCUCUUUGGCCGAUAUGGAAGGAACUUUCUUUAAGAGGUCACCAAGUAACCCUAGCCACUACGGACCCUAUAAAUGACCCGAAACUGGUAAAUUUAACCGAAAUUAACAUGCACGAUAUGUACCAUCACCAGGUGUUGAUGGAUUUACAUACUCAAGUACCUACAGCAAACGUUUUGAAAAUAUUAGAGCUGAUUUACCGGAUUGGUGACGUUACUUUCGAUUAUCCUUUAUCCACAUUCCUUAAACCCCUCUUAAAAAAUGAAAGUGUCUUUGAUUUGGUGAUAGUGGAAAAUUUAGUACCGGAAUACUUGGCAUUUGCAGAUCUAUUCAAUUGUCCUUCUGUUGUAAUAUCUCCUUUUGAAGUAAGUUCUACAGUUUACACCGCCUUAGGUAACCCUUUUAACCCUAUAGCGUACCCAGAAAUGGUUUUACCUUUCAUAGGAGGACAAUUGAGUUUUAGAGAAAGGAUCACCAGUUUUCUUUUCAGCUAUUUAUUUUAUGGUUACAAAAUGUUGGCUGUGUCUAAAAGGAAAAUACUCAUGCAAAAAUAUUUUGGAAAAGAAGUACGUUCUGUUGAAAAACUAUGGAACGAUGUUGAUUUAUUGUUAAUCAAUACUAAUCCUAUUAUUAACGAUAUAAGACCUCUAGGUCCUAAUACAAUUACAUUUGGAGGAGCUAAUCAUGUUUUACCACCUCGACCUUUACCAAAGGAUUUGCAAGUUUAUUUAGAUAAUGCCGAAGAAGGAUGUAUUUACUUCAGUUUAGGAACAAAUGUAAAAAAUUCUAUGAUGACAAACGAAAAAAUUCAUAUAAUCAUUGAUACUCUUAGCGAAUUACCAUAUAAAAUAUUAUGGAAAUAUGAUGGUACCGAUAUAAUUGAUGUACCUGAAAAUAUUAAAUUAAUACCAUGGGCGCCGCAACAGGAUAUACUAAGGCACCCGAAUGUAAAGCUCUUUAUUACCCAAGGAGGAAUGCAAUCUCUAGAAGAAUCAGUUAUAAAUCAUAAACCUAUGGUUAUGUUGCCUAUGUUCGCAGAUCAAGCAGCCAAUGCAAGGAGAAUGGAACAUAGAGGUGUUUCAAAAACCGUACCGCACAAGCCGUUACCAAGAAAAGAAGAAUUUAAAAGUAUCGUUUUAGAGGUUAUUCAAAAUCCAAAAUAUAAAGAAAAUAUUAUAAAAAUGGCCAUUUUUCUGUUAGAUCAACCUGAAACUGGUACAGAGAAAGCAGUACUUUGGUUAGAACAUAUACUUAGACAUAACGGAGGAAAACAUUUAAGAAAUCCAUCGUUAAAUAUGUCUAUUUACGAAUUCUACUACUUAGAUGUUAUAGCUACCAUUACUUUGAUAAAUUUUGCGUUUUAUAAAAUAAUUUCAUACUCAUUGAAAUUAUUUAUCAAACAAAAUAAAUCAAAAAAAUUAUAAUAUUGAAAAACAUUGAUUAUUCAUAUAUCUCAAAUGUUAUUAUUUCAUUUGCCAUUCCGUAUAUAUCUAAAAUUUAAUAUUGUAAUAAAUAAUAAAAUAAAUAUGAAAACACAGGU